AUGGAUGUGGUGCAGUGGGAAAGCAUUUCUGUGGAUGAAGUGGAAUUCUGCUUCCUGUUUGGACAAAACCGAACACGGGACGUUACUGGAGCCCGCCCCAACUUCAUCCUGAUCCUGGUGGACGAUCUCGGCAUCGGGGACCUGGGCUGCUUUGGCAAUGACACCCUCCAGACUCCCCACGUGGACCGUCUCGCUCGGGAGGGGACGAAGCUGACGCAUCACAUCGCGGCUGCCUCCAUGUGCACCCCCAGCCGGUCUGCGUUCCUGACGGGGAGGUACCCUGUGCGAUCAGGGAUGGCCAGUAACGAUGGCACCCGGGUCAUCUACUCCCUGGGGGACACCGCCGGGCUGCCUCGCAACGAGACCACCUUUGCCGAGUUACUGCGAGAUCAGGGCUAUAGCACCGCCCUCAUAGGCAAGUGGCAUCAAGGCUUAAAUCGCCACGUUCGCGGAGAUCACCAUCACCACCCCUCUCAGCAUGGCUUCGACUACUUCUACGGCAUGCCCUUAACGCUGGUGGACACCUGCUGGCCCGACCCCUCCCGAGACACGGAGCUGGCUUUCUCAGGGAGGAUGGGUAGGCUGGUUCAGCACCUGAUCGCCCUGGCCGUGGUCACCUUCGUCUUGGGGAUAGUCCUGCGCUGGUUCUGCGUGUGCUGCCUGCUCGUGCCCGUCUCGGUGCUCCUGAUCGUCCUCCUGAGCUACUUCUGGUCCGAGAGCCACCAAUCCUCGCGCUACUGGGACUGCCUCCUCAUGCGAGGUCACGACAUCACGGAGCAGCCCAUGAAGGCAGAGCGUGCGGGCUCCAUCAUGGUCGAGGAAGCGACUGCCUUUCUAGAAAGGAACCAGAAUGGGCCGUUUCUCCUCUUCUUCUCCUUCCUCCACGUCCACACUCCUCUGCCCACGGCCGACGCCUUUCUGGGUACCAGUAGCCACGGCCUGUACGGGGACAAUGUCCAGGAGAUGGACGCCAUGCUGGGGAAGCUUCUGGAAGCCGUGGACCGCCUCGCGCUCACCAAUCAGACCCUGGUCUAUUUUGCAUCUGACCACGGAGGACACCUGGAGGCGCGGAGGGGCCAGACGCAGCUCGGAGGAUGGAACGGGAGAUUCAAAGGUGGCAAAGGCAUGGGCGGCUGGGAAGGAGGCAUUCGGGUCCCGGGCAUCGUGCGCUGGCCCGGGCAGGUGACCACGGGACAGGUGAUCGAUGAACCCACCAGCCUGAUGGACGUCUUCCCCACGGUGGUGGCUCUGGCGGGGGCCGAGGUACCGCAGGACAGACAGAUCGACGGCCGGGACCUCAUGCCCCUGCUUCUCGGCCAGCAGCAGCACUCGGAGCACGAGUUUCUCUUCCACUACUGCGAGGUGUAUCUGCACGCGGUUCGCUGGCGCCCCAGACACAGUCCGGCCACCUGGAAGGUGCAUUACGUGACCCCUGUGUUCCAGCCACCAGGAGCCCAGGGCUGCUACAGGUCGUACUUUUGCCCGUGUUCCGGGGACCAGGUCACGUACCACGACCCCCCGCUUCUCUUCGACCUCAGCCGGGACCCCUCAGAGUCCACGCCCCUGACUCGGGACACGGAGACCCUGUACGAUGUGGUGAUCCGCAAGGUGGGGGAGGCGGUGAGGGAGCACCGUCGCUCCGUGCUCCCCGUGCCCAUCCAGUUGUCUCGACCCCGGAACAGACACGAUCCCUGGCUCAGACCCUGCUGCGGCCUCUUCCCCUUCUGUCUGUGUGACCGGGAGGGGCGGCGCUAG